GUUUCCAGUACACGGUAUGGAAGCGGCUGUGGCAGCAGUGGCGAAUGCUUCCCAUCCUUCCACGUCCCUCUUUCAAAUACCGGCACACCGCUGCCAAUGAGUCCCGCUACCGUUACACGCUGCUCCUUCAUAUCUCCGCCUAGAACUCCUAUUCUGACCUGGACUACACUGUCAGUGUUACAUCACUUUUAACAGCAAUUCGCAAAAUCACGUCGUCACUACAAGCUACAGAGUAACACUUACCCUCAAGUUCUGAAUGACGGGCGGUCGAUUCGACUUUGAUGAUGGGGGGACCUACUGCGGAGGAUGGGAGGAUGGCAAAGCCCACGGCCACGGUGUGUGCACCGGACCCAAGGGCCAGGGCGAGUACUCUGGCUCCUGGUCGAACGGUUUCGAGGUAGUUGGCGUCUACACCUGGCCCAGUGGGAACACGUAUCAGGGUUACUGGGCGCAGGGGAAGAGACACGGGCUCGGAAUUGAAACCAAAGGGAGGUGGAUUUACCGAGGAGAGUGGACUCACGGGUUAAAGGGCCGUUACGGAGUCAGGCAAAGCGUAAACACGCCGGCCAGGUACGAGGGUACCUGGAGUAACGGCCUGCAGGACGGGUAUGGCGUGGAGACGUAUGGUGAUGGAGGCACGUAUCAGGGUCAGUGGAGUGGUGGCAUGCGUCAUGGCUAUGGAGUACGUCAAAGUGUUCCCUAUGGCAUGGCUUCUGUCAUCCGCUCACCUCUACGAACUUCACUGUCUUCACUCCGCAGUGAGCAGAGUAAUGGUACAGUACUGCGUGACAGCCUAUCCGAUAGCCCUGCUGGCACACGUGGUGGUUUUGUGCUCAACUUCCAAUCAGAUGGAGAAGGUUCAGAGAAGAGAAAGGGUCUUUUUCGCCGUGGCUCCUUUUUUGGUAGCCUUCAGCGACUACGCAAAUCUGAUUCACGCUCAUCAAUUUCUAGUAAGCGCAGUUCAGCACACAGUGACACUACUAUGAGCCGCAUCAGUUCAAGUGACGCCAACUCUACCAUUAGCUUUGGGGAUGGAGACCCCGGCGAUGACUACCUGCCUCUUGAGGACAGUGUGGAUGCUACCACCACCGAGUCGUAUGUGGGCGAGUGGAAAAAUGACAAACGCAGUGGCUUUGGUAUCUCUGAGCGGUCUAAUGGCAUGAAAUAUGAAGGCGAGUGGUUGAACAAUAAGCGACAUGGCUAUGGCUGCACCAUCUUUCCUAAUGGGACGAAGGAAGAAGGGAAGUACAAGAACAAUGUGCUGAUCCGGGGUAUCAGGAAGCAGCUGUUCCCACUGAAGAAUACCAAGACCAAACAAAAAGUGGAUCGUGCCAUUGAAGGAGCAGUGAGAGCAGCAGCCAUCGCCAGAACCAAAGUUGAGAUUGCCAUCUCCAGGACGUCCCAUGCCCGGGUCAAAGCAGAGUGUGCAGACCAGGCUUCACAAUCAGCCUGCCAGGAUUCCGAUAUUGCCCGAGCUGUGGCCAGAGAGCUCUCCCCAUCUUUUCAUCAGCCAGGACCUGACUACACACUGCAGAAGUACAGUGACUCGCAAGAUGUAACGGAGAUGCCCAGAGAGGAGACAAAAGAGAAAUCUCUAUCAGGGAGCCCACAUUUCUACAGGAAAGGCACAACACCAACCCAGUCUCCAUCUGCCAGCCCAGGUCCCAGCCCUAGUUCUUCACCUACUGCUGCUAAAAAGACUUUUUACAGCAGUAAAACUCUUGCCUCUGAUGUAGCAGCAAACACUGGUGGAAAAGAAAACAAAGCUCCAACAGCAGAUGCUUUGACAGCAGGUAUAACAAAAGCAGGGUCAAAACUUUCUCUGAGACAGCAAGUAAGGCAACAAGAGGCUUCUCCAGCAGUCAAACAGUCUGUUACCACAACAGCCAGCAGUUACUCAAGCAAUGGACAGAUUCACUCCCAGUACCAUGGUUACCAUGCUAAAGCAAAUCUCAAGAUUCAACCCCCUGAAGAACCAAUUGGUGUGGUGGAUGAUCUUCACCCAUCUGACCUUGUACACUUGCUGCCGUCACCUGUCAAACAAAUUCAACCACCAGCAACAAAACCCCUGCCAGCCCCUGUCCCUUCACAAGUUCCAGCAAAAGAUGGCACCAAAGCACAAGAGCCUCCCAAGGAAUCACAAAAAAAGGAAUCAAGCAAAUCAAAGAGCCUUGCAGAAACCAAGAAAGCCAGUAUGGAAAUAGAUCCUGAAAUUGUAGAGGACAAAUCGGGCCCUAACUCCAUCUUGGUGGUUCUUGUGAUGCUGUUGAAUGUAGGUCUAGCGAUCAUUUUUGUCCAUUUCCUCACCUGACCGCAUCUGGACUCGGUGGAUCCAUCCAGACUAGUCAGAGGGGCCUUUUUUAAAAAUGACAGCAGACAGAACAGCAGACACGGACAAAACGGAGGCCUGAAAAUAGCCGGGUGGAGGAGAGGAUAAAAACACAUGGAGGAAUGAGGGGGGUGGCAAGGGAGAAAGCUGAAACCAUCACCACCCCUGGACUGUGUGAAAGUCUUUGGUGCCCAAGUCUAGCCUGAUUGGACUGUUGAUGACAUGUGACUUCAGUGUGCAGUGAAAGCUGAAGCUGGCAGUAGCUAGUUGGAAAUCGGGCCUUCACCCUCAGCGAGAUGAGCCAAUGGGAGCAGAGUGGAUUUGAGUGUCGGGCCUAGCAUCUAUACUGCCCAUAAAAACCUGGAGUUUGUACCUGUUUAUCAGUCAGUCCGACUGCUGAGCAAAUUUUCACAGUUUGAAAUGCUGCAAUAAAAAGUUUGUGCCUUGUCCAGCUGAGAUGUAAAGAAUUUGUUUUGUAGAUGAUCAGUGAACAACAGCACGGACAUUCAGUCGUUAUGUUGCUCUUCAUGCCAUCAUUUACUUUGCACCAAGCAUACAUUGAUGAGAAGAUGACUUUGCACUGAUACCCACUCUGUGUCGCAUGGAGUUAGUUUUACUUCAGUUCAGCAAGAACAACUCAUCUUUUCUCUCACAUAUAAGUUCUCAUCAGACUGUUGUGAUCUAGCUUGUGCACAGAUUUCAUCACAUAUGUGUGUGCUUCAGCAGUUUGUGUAUGAGAGUGUGAGAGGAUGGGCAGGUGUUGGACUGGAUAAGUUCAGAGAUGCACUUUGAGUUGAUGGAAGCCAACAGCUGCCUUACCGUUUUACAGAGUGACAUGGUAGUGGGUAAGAAUGGGCUGGGCAGGAAUGUGAAGCACCAAGCUGCUUCCCUGUGCCAGCUCCUAGGAGAGCGGCUCUAUUUCUAUCGGUCUGUUUAUUGAUCCAUUUUUAUCUGAUUCUGUCUCAGUUCCUGCUUUUUUACUUUAUUAAAACUUAACCACAGACAAUAUUUUCAUUCACUGUCCACAUUAUUUCAUUUAAAACUGGUUUAUUGCACUUAUAGUUUUGAUCAUUAUAAUGGCUGAUUACCAGUCUGUGUAUGUUGAAUGUUAAUAUUUUAGUUGACAAAUGAGUCCGUCUUCCAGUGGGCUGAGAAUGCACUCAAGCCUCCACCGAAGCAGCUCACUCUUUGGACAAUAUUUCCUUUUAAAGGAAUAUUAUUGUAUUUUGUUUGUAUCCAUUUGUUUUCUUUGUUCUUUUUAAACCUUUUUAAAGUCUAUAGUGCAGUAAAAAGAAAUGCAAAGUGCAGGCUUUUGUUUGCCUUGUUAAAAUCUAUGUUACUAUAAAUGACAGAACUGAGUAUAAUUAUUUUGUAUUUAUGUGGAUACGAAACAUGCACCAUUCAUUUUAUUGUAUAAUGAGUUUAAAUGCUUGGUUCCAACCAUGCUUGGUUGGUUAUUACUAAUCUGUUGACCUUGAAGGAGAGGUCACAGGUCAAAUAUGACAUAACAUUUGAAAUAUGGUAGUUUUCGACAAUGCACUCUUUCACAACGUGGUUUCUAAGUUAUGAUGGGUUUUUUUGUCAAUUUUCAACCAAUAAAUCAUUAAGUUGACCUUGAAGACCUGGAUGGAUGUAGUCCAAACGUUAACAUGACCCCACUCUACCCCCUACAAAAUGUGCUCAACACUUUUUGAGCUAUUGUAUUUUCAGACAGAGCACACAUACGUACACGUGCAAACAUGACAAACAAACAUAACCACCUUGGAAAAUUUAAAGUCUUAUUAAAAUUCUGGAUUUUCCAGAUCAUAC